AAUGAUAUGGAAGUGCUCAUCUCACCCUGUCACUGCAAAGGAAGCCUGGAGUUCGUUCACAUGCAGUGUCUGGAGAAGUGGUUGAAUGCGUGUGGCAGCACGAUUUGUGAGCUAUGUCGUUAUCAAUACGAAACCACAUCGGAACGCAGAUUUGGCCUCAUGGAAUCCCUGAGGAUUUGGUAUCGACAUCCAUUGAACCGAAGACUCCUUGGCACAGAUAUCCUCCUCUGCUUCUUGCUGACAAUCAUAGGAUUUGGCAUGACCCUAAUUUGUGCUCUUGGCAUCCACUACUUCAAGUAUAAGACACAAAAUCAGGCGGAUUUGCCCGAAACCUGGACUCUUGGCUUACUGUGGGUUUUCCUCAUUAUUGUGGUCGCCUCGUACAUCCUGAACAUUUCCCUGGUGGUGAGAAGUCAAGUAUAUCCCUGGUAUCGUUGGUGGCAGAACAAUCGCCGAGUGAAAUUGCAAAUUGUCUGA